UGAAGGGAUGCAGGAGAGCAGAGAGGACCAGUGGGCUCUCCUCACAUCAUGUCCUAAGAAGAACCCCAGUGGAUAGAAAUAUGUCUACGGAUUGUUUGGCUUCACUGUGAGGACAUUUGAGAAGAUUACUCUGUGCCAACUCUCUGGAUGUCAGGAUUAAGACUAGCAUGUGGACUUUUUUUUCUUCUUUUUGAACGGAUACACACUCUUUCUUCGUCUUCUUUACAUGGCUCUAAAGAUGCUAUAGUGGAAUAUAAUACGCGUAGGCGAUAUUUGCAGCCCGCAUGGCUUUACCGAACUCACCGGGGGCUCCCGGAAGCGGCAAGCCGGACCCCGGCGUCAUCGACCUGGGGACCAUCUUCGUUGACUCCGACAUCAUUUUUGGAUUUACCAGUCACCUGCUGAAGAGGAAAACAAGGGUGCAGGGAUGUCCUCCUGGAGAGUCUCCCAACGCCCCCAGGAAGAGACUCUUCUCCACGGAGGACGCUCGCUGCAGCAGCCGACCUCCCCCUGAGGGCGCCGGGUCGGUUUCAGUGGCAGAGACGCAGGAGAAGGGAGGCUUUUGUCACAGUUGUCAGAAAAAAGUGUCUGAGCUGAGGAAGCUGGCGUUGGCCCUGGCAGACAAAAACUCAUUAAAGGACACGGGAUAUGCAACGUUCUUAUUCGAGCAGCUCCACACAUCCGGGAGCAAGGAAGGCGCUGUCAGCUGCUGCCAGGUGUGCUUCACGCCUCUCCACAAACUGAGGCAGGAGGCACUGCAGACUCUCCAUGCUCCCGCUCUCGGCCCAGACAUGCCGGCCCUGCCAGCCUCUUCCUUUUUACCACAGCCCACAAGAUUCGCUGCGGCGCCGUCCGGCGUCAAUGCCAAACAACUAUCCAAAAGCCAAGCACACUCACUCCUACCCUUGGGGGAGCAGCACAGGGGCCCAUGCUGGUCCCAGUACCCCUCGGCUUCAUCAGGUCCGAAGACCAGCGUCCAGGUGACAGUGGCAGGAGGGCAGAUCACUGGAUCCUUGAGCUCUGUCACCAUCCAAGCCCAGCAGUACCUGGAAGGCAUGUGGAGCAUCUCGAGGGUAAACAACUUCAUUCCUCAACCUAAACCAGCCCAGAGCUUGAUGGGCGAGGCCAACAGAUAUGUCACAACCACCGCGGGCCCGCUCACGCGCACAACCACCACCAGCACCACCAAGAGCAGCACCUUGAUGCCCUGUCACCUCCGACGCUCCAUGCAAUCAGGCCUCCCUGCCCCCAUCGCCAAUACAUCAUCCUCUUCUACAGCAACCUCCUUCUUUAUCAGGGCAGCUCAGAAGCUGAACCUGUCCACCAAACGGAAGAAGCACCAGCCUAUCCCGCUCCACCCGCAGGAGCCCUCCAUCUACCCUACUAAUUUCAGCGGCAUCCUGCAGGUUUCGCCACCUCCUGCCCCGCCAUGCCUGCUCAGGGCCGUUUCCAAAGUGAAGGAGAACCCAGGGAUGGGCAAGGUGAAAGUGAUGAUGCGUAUUUGCCCGUCUCUGGAGGCUAUGGACUCGUCAGAGUCCCUGUCCUUCUUGAAAGUGGACAGCAGGAAGAAACAGGUCACCCUCUACGAUCCUGCAUCCAGCCCGCCGCACUCCAGUUCAGGACACAGACGCUCCGCCACCGUUGCCGUCCCAAAGAUAUUCGCCUUUGAUGCUGUUUUUACCCAGGAUGCCUCACAAGCUGAGGUGUGCUCAGGGACGGUGGCUGAGGUCAUCCAGUCUGUGGCGAACGGCGCAGAUGGCUGCAUCUUCUGCUUUGGCCAAGUUAAGCUCGGCAAGACCUACACCACGAUUGGCAAAGACAGCUCCACGCAGACUCUUGGUGUCGUGCCCUGCGCCAUCUCCUGGCUCUUUAAGCUCAUCAGCGAGCGCCAGGAAAAGACGGGCGCUCGCUUCUCCGUCCGAGUGUCAGCAGUGGAAAUCUUUGGCAAAGACGAGGAGCUGAAGGACUUGUUGUCUGAAGUGUCGACUGGGAACCUGCAGGAGGGCCAGUCUCCUGGCAUCCACCUGAGGGAGGAUCCUAUUUGUGGCACUCAGCUUCAGAAUCAGAGCGAACUACAUGCACCAACAGCCGAGAAGGCAGCUUUCUUCCUGGACGCUGCCCUAUCUGCCCGGAGCACUAGCCGGCCCGAUGCGGACGAGGAGGAGCGCCGCAACUCCCACAUGCUGUUCACGCUACACAUCUACCAGUACCGCAUGGAGAAGACUGGAAAGGGAGGAAUGUCUGGCGGACGGAGCAGGUUGCACCUUAUCGACCUGGGGAGCUGUGAAAAGGUCCUGAGCAAAAGCCGAGACGAAGGGGGCGGUGCUUGUCUUUCUCUGAAUGCGUUGGGAAAUGUCAUCAUGGCUUUGGCGAAUGGAGCGAAACACGUACCUUACAGGGACAGCAAACUGACAAUGUUGCUGAGAGAGUCCCUUGGCAACAUAAACUGUCGAACCACCAUGAUCGCCCACAUCUCAAAUUCUCCCGUCUACUACGCAGACUCGCUCACCACGAUACAGCUGGCAUCUCGUAUACACCGCAUGAGGAAAAAGAAAACAAAGUAUGCGUCUAGUUCAUCUGGAGGGGAAAGUUCCUGUGAAGAAGGGAGGAUCCGUCGGCCACCUCAUCUCAGGCCUUUCCACCCUCGGACCGUGGCCCUGGAUCCUGAUCUGCCUUCUAUGCUCAGUGACCCAGACUAUUCCUCUAGUAGUGAACAGUCAUGUGAUACUGUCAUUUAUGUGGGCCCUGGGGGAGCUUCCAUCUCAGACAGGGAGCUCAGUGACAACGAAGGCCCUCCUGCCUUUGUUCCCAUCAUCCCCUCCCUCAACAAGAAGAGGAUGGCAAAAGACGGCCCCUUUAACAGAGAUCAUUUUUUUAAAUGCAACACGUUUGCUGAGCUGCAGGAGAGACUGGAAUGUAUUGAUGGCAGUGAAGAACCUGCAGCGUUUGUUGGUGAGGGCAAGCGAGGCCAAGCUAGCCCCAAGACGGAAAAAUCUACGGAUAGCGGAAACACUGUGUCACCAAAGACUAUUGCAAGUACCGCUUGCAACCAAGAUGAUAUCUCACCCAAACAGACUGCUAAAUCUGUUGCCGUACAGCCAUUUUGCAGCCCUGGCACUAAAUCUAAAUUGGACGUAUCAACGAGGCAACAUGCAGAACGGAAACCAUCCGAUUGUAUUCCAAAUAUGUGCAGAACUAGUGCUGAUGGUGAAAGGAAUUCGCUUUCAGAAAACAUGAGUGCUGAAAAAUUGUCAACAGCUGCAACAACUGAUCCUGAGCCAGUUGUAAGGGAGAAGGUCUACUACAACAAGAAAGCAUCUAGCAAAGAAAAUGUAGAAAAGGAGAAGAAAUCAAACACUAGAAUGCCUCCAAUAGGAAUGAGCCACCAAGCCGUGAAAAGCAGGGAUUCUUGCUCUUCCCCAAUCCUCCGAGCUCCAAUGGAGGUUUGCCAAGUGCGCUCUACCUUGCAGGAAAGAUGUUUUGAUCGGGACAUUCUUAGAGCUACUGUCACCUUGCAGCAGCCAGUGGAGCUUAAUGGAGAAGACGAGCUUGUGUUUACGCUGGUAGAGGAGUUGUCUAUAGGCAGUAUUAUUGACAGGGACCGGCCAUCCAGCAUUAUCAGCUUUAACAGUGAUUGCUCUCUGCAGGCGCUUGCCUCAGGUUCCAGACCAGUUAGUAUCAUUAGCAGCAUCAAUGACGAAUUUGAUGCCUACACAUCAUCUGUCGGAGGAUCGGAGGUAAACAUUGCGUUGGUCACAGCACCACUGGAAGGAGUGAAUAUGGAUAGUAGAGGUUCAUCUAUCAGCUCCUGGCUUAGUGAAGUUAGUGUGUGCACGCUGGAGAGUGAAGGGGCUCAGUCUUCUGAUGUGUUCCUUCCACCAGGCAAGAGCAUGGGCCCAGAAGGCACCUUAAAUUUUGAUUCCCUUGAUGUGUUCCAUUGUGUAUCAUCUCCUAGAGAUGCCAAGAAUUCCUUGAACGACAGCGGAUUUAGUUUUUCAGAACAAGACAGUGACAGUGUUGCCUCAAGCAAACUAUCAUUGACAAAGUGCCCCCCAUCUCCAGAUUCAACCAAAGGGUCCCUCAGAUUUCCAUCUAAAAUAGCAAAAGCCCAUUUACUCAGCUCCUCCUUUCCACAAAGUCCCUCUAUAGUUCACUCCAGUCUUCCAAGAAAGGUUAAACCUACCUCAUCUAUCUCCAGUAGUAGCAGUAGCAGUAGCAGCAAUAACAGAGAUCCACCGAGGCAAGAGGCUAAGCAAGACAGUCUUUUGCAGCAGGCAGACAACCACCCACAACUUCAGCCUUCUGACUCCAGCAACACCAGCAGGUUUGUCAGAAAUCCCCCCAGCGGUAUCUCUUCAAGCAAAAUAUCCAGCAACUGUAACAGUGCACCUCGUCCAUUAAAGGUGCAUGGGUCUAUCUCAUCUCAAAGGGUGGUUGAUGGAUGUGAGAAGCCGACUAGUAAGAAAUCUGAUCCUCCAAGCAGAAUGCCUCAGCUGAGAAGAGGUGCCACCACUCUAGGAACAGUGCCCGUUAUCCAUUCAUCAAUGGACUACAAGAACACCCAAGAUGUUGCGGGAGCUACAAGCCUUAAGUUCUCCUCUCUGGGGAAAAACAGCAAGGCUAACUCACAGAAAUCAAGUAAUCUCCCCAGACCUGGUUACACAUCCCCUCCUCUGCCACCAGUGAGAAAGUCUAGUCUUGACCAAAAGACCAAGAUCCUUCUACCCCAAAGUGCCUUAAAGUCAGCAUAUGGGGAGACAGCAAAGAGCUUUGGAGCGAGGGUAGCUGUAUCAGAAGAUGAGAUUGAGGUUCGUCACAGAGUAGACUCCACUAGUUUGAAAACCUCCAGCCUCAAAGGUGAACAUAGUGUCAGAGUUGCUUCCAGUAUGAAGCCCAGAGGGACAAGAGGUGAGGCUGGACAACACUAUGGUAGUCAAAUGUCCUUGGAGAGGUGUGAAAGCCUCUCUCUGUCCAGCCCCAGACUAGGACUUAGUAGGGAAAACAGUGGAACGAGUUUGGGGAACAGCAGUAGCAAAGUAGGCAAAUCUAUACCAAGAUUUGGUAUCCCUAAUUCAUCAAGUUCCCCUAUCGCUACCUGCCCAUCAUCCCCAGGAGGAGGAACUAUAAGCAAAAUUGGUCAGGUCAAAACAUCAGGAAAUCCUCGAGUAUUUGGAGCAAUGAACAGCAACAAAGCACGCUCACUAUCAGCCAACAAUUCCAAAGGCCUGAGCUCGUCUACUAAAUCUUUGACUACUGCUGGGACUAGAAAUAUGAAUGCCAACCUUCCUCCUUCAGGCAAAACUUCAGCUCCUCGGACUGCUGCUGCUGUCAGUAACAAACCCGGAAGAGGGACUAUAAUGGGCACAAAACAGGCUAUACGAGCUGCCAACAGCCGUGUGAGUGAACUGGCAACAGGCAGCAUAUCAGGCAAACACGUAAGAGGCUCUGGAGAUUCGGACAGUGGCAACGACAGCGGCGUAAACGUGAGUGAUGACAAAAGCCCUGUUGCCAUGCUACCUUCUCCAUACAGCAAAAUCACUGCACCUCGGCGGCCCCAGCGUUACAGCAGUGGUCACGGCAGUGACAACAGUAGUGUGUUGAGCGGAGAGUUGCCUCCUGCUAUGGGUCGCACUGCCCUCUUCUAUCACAGUGGCGGCAGCAGCGGGUACGAGAGUAUGAUCCGUGACAGCGAAGCUACAGGGAGUGCAUCCUCUGCCCACGACUCCAUGAGCGAGAGUGGUGUGUCCUCUUCAGGCAGAAACAGGACCUCCAAAUACCCCAAGAAGCGAACAACUGGCUUCCAGCGAAGACGUCUCAUCCCGGCGCCCCUGCCAGACACUUCUUCCCUGGGGAAGAAAGCGGGCACAGCUGGGCAGUGGGUAGACUUGCCCCCUAUGUCGGGAACACUGAAAGAGCCUUUUGAAAUCAAGGUCUACGAGAUCGACGAUGUGGAACGCCUUCAGAGACGACGUCAGGAACAAGCUAUAGAGCAACCAUUCCAGGAUGUUGACAAGGGACUGCUGUAUUUCAACAAUAAAUUGAAGAUGUUGGAGAGAAGGCAACAGCAAGUGAAGGAACUGAAAUCCAAGCAUGAGGUGUUAAUGGAGGAGCUGGAGGACACCAAGGCUCGCCUAAUGAUGGAUCCCAGCAAGUGGACAGGAGAAUUCGACAUGGACCAGAAUUUGGAUAACGAUUCUCCGGAGUACCUGGAGGUCUUAGCGCGGGUCACGGAGGACCUGGAGUUUUGUGUCAACCUGUGCAAGUCGCGAGUCAUGAUGGUGACGUGCUUCGACAUCAGCAGCACGCCGGGAUCCGCCGCACAGGAGGGGCCGCGGGAAGUCGAAGUCUGAGGACGAGUGAAAGUGGAUGCGGAAGUGGAAAAAAAAAGCGAAGGAUGGUUCUAUAUAGCAGUCGCUUCACGGAUAUUACUGCGAUGAAGAUGACGAGAGGGCCGUGUCUUUGCGUGAGAAAGGGAAGUCGUAACCACUUUGCUACAGUGCCUCGUUGUCCAGAACGUGUUUCAUGGCGGCGAAACGAAACGUGAGCACAAAUGCCUUUCGGGCAUAGCAGUGGCCGUCACUUACUGGAAAAGUCAGUGAACACCUGGAAGUGCCUUUUUCUAUUCUUUUCAUUCGGUGCAGGUAUCUGAAACAUACCUAGGCAAACCCUGAACAUACACAAAUAUUUUAUAUUGCAUUGUGAAGUGUAUUUAUGAUCACGUGGUGUGUACAAAUCUCACUCAAAGGGAGGAAUUGAAGAGCAGUUUAAAAAAAACAGAAAAAAAAAAGCAAUAAGCUAAUGUUAUUGCGCUCCCAGACUUUGCCUUUUUCUCUUAUUUGAAACCUCAGUCAGCAUUUUUGUCAUGAUCACUCUUGCGCCUUACGUUCACUUUUGUAGUUCCGACUGGACUCUGUUCUCUCAUCAAGGAUGCAUUGUUGUCGUCUCUCCUCACUUGCCAGCUGGAUCGUGGAAGCUUGCGAGUUGGAGUGAAUGUUUGAUUGGUCCCCCCAGUUGCCUUGACCACAAUGAGUCUCAGUGGAUGCACACUAAGGUAGAGCAGCACUUCUACACCUGCUCGGCCAAAAACGAGACAUGAAGCCAAAACAUAUCAAUCAGAGAGCCACUGUGAUGGACAGUUAGUGUUGGUGUUCUCUUUGGUGCCGCCACGUGCUCAUUUUCUACAAGAAUAACCCGACAUGGGGUUCGAACUAUACAAUGUCGCACAAAAGAGGCACAGAGAAAGCACAAAUCUUCCUGUUGUUGACUUUUUUUGUUUCUAGCCGAGCCUCAGCUCUAUGCAUUCCAAGCCUUUUUUUUACUGAAACUACUGUCAGACUAUCAUUACUGACUUGAAGCGCUGCAGCAGCAGCAGCCCAUUUUUUGUUUUAGAUUUUUACAUCCAAGCAAGUUAUAAAUGGCGUUUAACUACUCCACUUCAUCAUUGCUACUUUUUUGCAGCGAGUACGAGCACGAGUGAGAAAAAAAACUAAACUUUUUUUGUAUUUUGGUGCGUUUGAGUUCUACUGGAUGCGUAGGACAACAGGAAUUUGUUUACUUUCUUCAACAAAGAUGUCCUCUCUCAGGCCCUCUCUGAAGAUGCUGCAUGAGAUUUUUUUUUAAUCACUGUUAGGGAUGAUUUCUACUUCAUUUUUAUCAUUCUAAUUUUUUACAAUAACUUCACUGAUGUGGAUUUAGGCUUGUGAAUUAACCAAACCAAGACCUUUUUUCCCCAGAAAUUAUUUUAUGUAAGAUCAUGUUUCAUAUCGAAACCCAUAUUUUCGAAUAUCUUUGUUCUUUUGUAUUGGAUUUUCAAACACUGUGUAUAAAUGUAUGAUAUGGCAGCUUGUGUUUUACUUUUACAGUAUCUGUGAAUAAAAAAACUUCCUCUUAA